UGAGAUGAUUACAGUAACCUUGUUUUAAAGUUGCUGUUUGAAGGCAAAGUCCGAUAUGCUAAUCAUAAAGUGGUUGACACGAGUAUGACCCAGCUUGCUGACUGCAUCAAAGAAGAGACAUGUCUGUGGACACACUGAUGAAGAAUGUGUAUACAUUUGCUGACAUUGUGCAUCAAGCAGGAGGGGACUCUAUCACUCGCUGGAAUGACAAAUCUAUACACAAUGCCUUUAAUUGGGCGAACUACUGUCAGAGAGUGUACAGCGAGACAGUUGGACGACCAUACCGAGCUGAGUUGGAUAGAUGUAUCAAGGCAUUGUCCCUGUAUGUGCCAAGUCCUUGUUGUCUAGAUCUGAACCUCGACGCCCUGCAACAUGCUAAUAUACUUCUCUUACAGACCCUGGUUGAAAAUCCUUUGCUUCCUUGUAGACUGCUACAGGGUGUUGUUGACUUCUGUGUUAAAUGUGAAGUUAGUAUGGAUUCUCUUGUGAAGGUGUGUGCGAAGGGUUCUGAGAAGAGAACUGUUGUCAACACCUUUGAAGAUAUUCUGGAUCACCUAGGAGUUUCGAGUGAGGAUUGCAGAUUAGAGAGCCAGGCAGAAACCCUGCUGACCAUUCUUACAUCACUAUCCAAGUAUUCUAACAAUAGGGAAAGAUACCAUCUAUUUGUUUCUCGUGUUCUGAAACAUCUAACCAAAGACACUGAAGGCUGGAAAAUCCUGAGGUGUCUAAUGAGUCAAGGGAAAGGGGACAAUAGCCUGAAGGAGUUUCAGAAGAAGAAAAAGAGAUGUCACACUUCCUAUGCUGGUGAUUGCAGGCCUGAACAUCCCUCUGUCGAUGAUAUUCAGCAAAUGGUGCUCUGUUGGAUUUCUGAAAAUCAAGUACACCAUAUAUGAAUGCAGAGAAUGGGUGUUAAAGUACAAAUGAUUUUCAAAAUCAGUGUAGUUUUUGCAAUGCUUUAUCCCAAUGUCACAUUUUAGGUGAUGGAAAUUUGUUUAAAAGUUGUCAGUUUACUGAUAGAAAAAAUUCUGAACAUUUAAGAUAUAAAUCAUUGCAAAUUGCCCAUGGACAUCAAGCAAAGUUCUUAUAGUUUAGUUCGAUGAGUGAUCAUUUUCAUAAUGACAA